CCCGCAGGCACCGGAUACCGGGAGGUCCUGGCGCCUCUCGUCUACGCGGCGGCAGGGGCCGGCGCCGCAUUGGCCUGGUCGCGGUGGUUAUCGAGGGCUAGCUAGGUGGGCGUGUGGUGACACAGCGCAACGCCGCGACGGCUACGCCAGCGCCUCGCGCGUUGCGGCCGGGGAUAGGGAAUUUUGCGUUGUAGACCAAUCUGCAUCAUGUAUCUACUCGUGCCCGGGAGUCGUUAGAUCCCAGGUUUAGCGGAUGCAGCCUGCCUCAAAGAUCAAAGAGUGGCUUUUUUUCUGACCUAGGUAUACAUAAAAGCGGUAGACGAUAUGCAUAAUAGGACACGAUGCUAUUGCUGUUUCGGUAUCAUUUUUUCCCUUCAGACUGGCUACGCGCAUGGGGUUGGCUACGUGUAAUCUCGCGCGCCGCCCGGCCUCGGGCCCUCGUGCCUGAGGCGGGAGGACAGGUUGGGUUAAUUUGCCGGGAGCAUUCCACGCGCAGUAGGCGCGUCAGCCUCGUCGAAACCCUGACAUCGGCGGUAUCGACGGUGCUACGGCCGAAGCUGCGACAGCCUCCUUUCCUUUCAUUCUCUCCCUAUCUCUCUCUCUCUCUCCGCCUUUUCGACCCGAGGCUUGGCUCUGCGCAUGCAGGUUGCUUAUACAGGCCCUACCGAGCCGUAAACUUGGUGUUUCCUGCCUCUCGUCCGAGUGUGACUGCGCAAAAAAAAAUCCUGUCAGUCAGCCCUUAUCCCUCGUCCGGACGUCCGGACAGACGGUCUACGCAUUGCUGCACAUAUACCCGCCCUAUAGCCUGCCUCUCCGCUCUCAUCGUCACCAUCGUUGUCGUCGUCGUCGUACCCUUCUUACUCACCGCCGCCGCCGCCGCCACCAGAUCCCCGCGCAGACCGCCCCAUUGGCGCGCGCCACUAGAGCAAGCGUCAACCUUGAGCUGAGCGAGCGCGACUCACGGCCCGCUCGGCCCGAAGCUGCAAAUCCUGUGUGCCUAUCUGUCCCGUCCGUCC